AUGAUCUUCUUACAGCUCCUGAAAGGUAUUCUGAUUGCCUCGGCUUUCUUCCAAGUAAUUUACGCAGCUGUCAACACGGCGUCUCUCCUGCCUCUGCUUUCGUCCGGCGCAGUCAUCGAUACCGAUGCUCCUCGCUGGAGCGACUACAAAGCUCCACUACCAGGUGCAGUCGUCCAUCCAGCUUCAGAAGCCGAUGUCCAGAUCACUGUUAAAUGGGCGAUCGAUCGCAACAUCAAAUUCUUCACCCAGAAUGGAGGUAAUGGCUGGGCAACCACAUUCAGUAUGAGCAGCAACGAUAUUGGCAUCAAUCUCGAUCGCCUUCGUUCCAUCAAUUUUAACGCCGACAAGACCCAAGCGAUAGUGGCCGGUGGUGCACUCACUGGCGAUGUAAUUCCGGCUGCAUCUGCGAACAGCGCUCUUAUUGUUACGGCUAGUUGUAAUUGCGUUGGUUAUCUUGGUGCAGCGCUGGGCGGUGGCAUUGGAGUGCUCCAAGGCGAGUUCGGUCUGGGUGCAGAUGAACUGCUCUCACUUAACUUCGUCAACGCCUUCGGCGAUGCGAUUACAGUGAAGCCAUCUAGCAACGAUCUUUGGUAUGCACUUCGCGGUGCCGCACCAAACUUCGGCAUCGUCACAUCAGUGGUGUUAGAGGCCGUUAUUACCGCUGCCGGAAAACUGCAUUUUCGCCCACCCAUGGCCCUGACGCUCACUUUCGUCAACCAAGCCGCAACCAACUCUCAAAUAAUCAUUGCCAGUCCUUUCUACCAUGGCUCCACCGCCCAAGGCCGCGCUGCAUUUCAGUCCCUCCUAGACAUUGGCCCCAUUUCGGACGCUACGACAAUGACACCAUACACUUCAUGGAAUAACGGUUCUAACAACGCAUGUGUCAAGGGUGGCCUCAGACCAACAUGGGGUGUCGGCCUUGAACGUAUGGAUCCAAAGAUAUGGCGUCAAGUGUACAACUCCUGGCUGGAACUCGUGCGACAGCCUGGCUUCGAGCGCAGUAGUAUACUUCUAAACGCCUAUGCACUAGACAAAGUACGCUCUGUUCCAGACGACAGCAGCGCGAUUCCGUGGCGCCACACAAUAAAAUUCCACGCCUCGAUCACUGUGUUCUACACAGAUCCCUCGUUGGAGCAAAAGGCACUAUUUUACGGAAACACGGUGCGCGCGCUCUGGCGCUUGUCAAAUAAGCAGUUCACUGGGAAAGUGUACAUCAACAAUGGGUUUGGGGAUGAGAGUAAUGUGGAUAUCUAUGGAGCAAGUCUGCCCAGAUUGACGACGCUGAAGAAGAAGUACGACCCAAAGAAGAGGUUCAACCAGUGGUUUCCCAUAUAG